AUGGCCCAGAUCCUCAGCAUCUACGGCCUCAAGCAGGCGCUGCGUACCAGCUUCCUCCAGCUCGCGGCCGGGAUCAGCGUCGGGCUGUGCGGGCUUGCGGCGGGGUUCGCUAUUGGGAUUGUUGGUGAUGCGGGAGUCAGAGCCACAAACCAACAACCACGUCUAUACACAGGCAUGGUCCUAAUCCUCAUCUUCGCAGAGGUCCUAGGCCUCUACGGCCUCAUCGUCUCCAUCCUCCUCCUCUCGACUUCGCAAACGCAAGUCACCGACUGCUCAGGCUCCUGAAAGCUCUCAUAUCUCUCUACCGCAAAUUAAUUCAACCUUCCAACGCCAAGCAAGACUUACACCGUCGUCAAACCCCGUGGGAUGCUGGUCACUACACAACCAGAGUCAAUAGCUUCCAAAACAUGAAUCUCUGGGUAUGCUCUGGAUUAAACUCUUGAAUAUGGAAACGCCG